AUGGGCAACUUUUUUACUCCACCUUCACAAGAUGCUGUAGAUACAUUUUUACAAGCUUCAGCGAAUGGAGUCCGAACAUUUUUCAUAGAUUAGAUAUUAAAUCGAUCAGAGAAUCAGUGGAAUCGGUUUCUUUUGUUUCUGGACUGGGAUUAAAUCUGAUAGUUCAUUGAGACCCCAUCAUCAGAAAAAGAAUUACACAGAAUCAAGUAGACAAAAAAACAGUAGAUCAGAGAUCAAGUAGUGUGAAGAAAAGGAAAAAGAAAAGGAUCAGGAGACUAGGAAAUCAGAGCUAUGGACUGGAAAACAUUCCAGGCCCUGCUCAGUGGGGUAAACAAAUACUCGACGGCGUUCGGCCGCAUCUGGCUCUCGGUGGUUUUCGUCUUUCGUGUCCUGGUGUAUGUGGUAGCAGCAGAGCGAGUGUGGAGUGAUGACCAGAAGGACUUUGACUGUAACAUCAGGCAGCCUGGAUGCGCCAACGUAUGCUAUGACCACUUCUUCCCCAUCUCGCACAUCCGCCUGUGGGCCCUUCAGCUCAUCUUUGUCACGUGCCCGUCACUACUUGUGGUCAUGCACGUCAAGUAUCGUGAUGAACGGGAACGCAAAUACCGCGCCAAACACGGCGCUGAUACCAAGCUCUAUGAUGAUACAGGCAAGAAGCAUGGAGGCCUCUGGUGGACCUAUCUGAUCAGUCUCUUUGCCAAGACAGGAAUUGAGGUGGCCUUUCUCUACAUCCUUCACCACAUCUACAAUAGCUUUCAUCUGCCCCGAGUCGUUAAGUGCCAGAUCUUACCAUGUCCCAAUGUUGUGGACUGCUACAUCGGCCGGCCCACUGAAAAGAAGAUGUUCACCUACUUCAUGGUGGGUGCCUCAGCCAUCUGCAUUGUUCUGAAUAUCUGUGAGAUCUUAUAUCUCCUAGCCAAGCGCAUCUCCAGCUGUGCCAAGCGUUCCAGGAGUCAUCGAGCACAAGCCAUGCAUAUGUACAAGCCAAGUCGGGACCAGGAUAGCAACUGUACGCUGCCCAUGCAUGAACUGGAGAACAAACCACAGACCAAGUCCAAGCUGGGCAUCCCACCUACAGAUUACAAGACAAGUGUUUUCAUGAGGGCUUCAGCUCCAAACCUUAGCUUUGCCUAACAGUUAGAUCCACUUUUACAUAUUCCAGGGAGAGAGAGGGAGAGAGAGAUCUUAUCCAUGGACUUUAUGAGCUCUCACUUGUGAUCUACAAAUGUUUGGAGCAAGCUCUCCCUCGAACAGUCCACUACCUUGCUCUAGGACAAAGAUUCACUUGUUUGUAUGUAUAUGUGAGAUGGAGGUGAAUGCAGGACUUUGGAAGAAUAUUGAGAUUCGCCACAAAUCUCAAAUUCUCACACUUCUUUCCCUUGACGUCCCUCAUCCUGUGCACUACAAGAGCAGGGAACAACCGACAGAAUAAUCUGUGGAAGCACUUUAUAAGAUACGCAGCUCGGAUAAAAUGCUUGCAGUCACGUUUUUAAUUUCAGAUGAAAAGCGAGUGGCGAAUGAUUUCUGUAGUUUUCUGUGGUAACUGAAACAACGAACACGGACUAAACAACUCUUUAGAGUUGAGAAAGUUUUUUGAACCACACUAAAGGGAGACAGCAAUAACAAAGCAAACAUGGAAAUCUCAACGAGCCGGUUCAAAGCUUCUCCAAAUGAAGCCUGUUUUUUUUUUUUUUUUUUUAUUCUAUUGUUUGGUUCUUUGAAUUUCUAUUGUACAAUCCCUUCUUUGUCCUCUAUUUACUGUAGGAUCUCCACUGCAACUAUAAACGCCUGGAUGCUAUUUUUUUCUCUCUUCACUGGAUAUCGAAUGUCUCUCAUCUAUUUAUUUCCCACUUUAUUUUUCUGUGUUUCUUUCAGGUUUACUGGAUGUUGACUUGUUGACAGAUAAGAUAACUAGUACACAUUCCAAUUUAAUCUCAUUCAGGAAGUACGGAAGAGCGUACACAAGGCUAGCAAGGAGAGAAUUCUGAGGAUGAGGUUACCUUCUGAGUCUGGUUCCUCUCAAGGUUUCUUCCUCAUAUCAUCUUAAGGAGCUUUUCUUUGCCAUCAUCAACUCAGGCUUGCUCAUUAGGGAUAGAUUUUAGAGAUAAAUAAGUAGUAACUUAAUUUUAAACUUUUUAUUAUUUUUAUUCUUUGUUUCUAUACUUCUGCAAAGCUGCUUUGAGACGAUGGCCAUUGUUAAAAGCCCUAUACAAAUAAAUUGAAUUAUCCUUGGCUGAAAGGACAAGAACUUCCACAGCCAUGGCACGCAGGAAGGACCUUAUACAUGCAACUGUAUUAUCUUUACACAAACGUCUACAGCUUUGGACUUCUGUUGUGAUUUGAAUGAGUUUCAUGACAUCAGAGUUGAAAUGCUGAGAAAUCUUUCCACAGCUCAGGAGAAUGUUUAUUCCUUUCAUCACUCCUGAAAGGAAAACCACGGCCAGGUAGCCUCGUUUUUUUUUCUUACAACAAGCAAACUCGUGCAAGCUCGGGGUUUCCUCCGGGUACUCCGGGUUUCCUCCCCCGGUCCAAAGACAUGCAUGGUAGGUUGAUUGGCAUCUCUGGAAAAUUGUCCGUAGUGUGUGAGUGCGUGAGUGAAUGAGAGUGUGUGUGUGUGCCCUGCGAUGGGUUGGCACUCCGUCCAGGGUGUAUCCUGCCUUGAUGCCCGAUGACGCCUGAGAUAGGCACAGGCUCCCCGUGACCCGAGGUAGUUCGGAUAAGCGGUAGAAAAUGAGUGAGUGAGUGAGUGAUGAUAAUAAUAAUGGCUAUUUAUAGAGCACAGUGUAGUUCACGAUGCUUUAUAUUAAAACAACACCACACAGGAAGAACUCUUAAAAAAAACAGGUAAUGAUCUAAAAGCUACUAUUACAGAAGUUAAUACAAAUUAUUGUAGGAUAAAAAGAUUUAUGAGCUGUUUAUAGCACAAAAAGUGGUAUUUGAGAACAGGGUGUGUGUCUCUCUCUCUCUCUCUCUCUCUCUCUCUCUCUCUCUCUCUGUUUUCCAGAACAAGUGUUAUAUAAAUCCAGCUUUACAGAUCAGAGCACCUGAGGGGUUUAUAACAUUCCAAACUUGCACAGGCUUGCUAUGGAUCAAAACAGGAGAUUUCAGAACAUUGAUAGCAAAGAGUCAAAAACAAUCCUCAAAGAAAAAAACAGAAAAGAAAAGCAGGUCAGUGCAGCGCGAAUGUGAAAGCGCAUUCAAACUUGCUAAGAACAAACACAUUCAUGCUUCAUCUCCAGUGUUACGUUUAUUCAAGCAGAUUGUUUUCUCUUUAUCGAGACUCGACCGAGCCGUGAGUCAGUGUCGUGUUGAAUCAAGCCAGAGGGACGUUGAAUGUUCGAGUUUACUCGAGUAAAUCGAGCCUGAAAGAGCUUUAAUUGGAACAAAAUGCUGAGAGCUGUUUGUAACAUUUUUUUAUAUUCUUAUUAAUAAAAUGUAAAUGUUAUAUAAAGAAA